CUGUACAUGAAAACAUGGGAAUAUUGAUAAAAUAACAUAUCCUGGGUAUGCAAAGAAGGGGGCGGGGCAGGGACACACAGAAUAUUUCUCCUUUUGGAAUUAUAUUAUUUCUUUUACUCUCAUUUGUGUGCAAAUUAGAAAGCACGGCCAUGAAUGGGUCAAGAACAUGAUACGUACAAUAUGCCAAGAGAAUCGAACAGCUUUUAAAAACGUCCAUUAUAAAAGUUAAAGACAUCAUUGGCUAUAGGCUAUGCUUAUUAAGAGGAAGAAGAGCAUUCAAUAAUACAAAGUCAUGGUUAUUGAUUCUAUUAGUAUGAGGGUCACUUGCAGAAGGCUCAGGCCACACAUAUUCAUGGUUUUAGUUCAGUUGGCCUCGGCCUUUCUUUAUUUCAUAACAGAAGCUGCUUUCAACCAUGGGAUGAAUCCUCAUGUUUACGUCACCUACCGCCACAUAGUAGGUUGUAUUGCAGUCUUUCCGUUUGCCUAUUUCCUUGAAAGGAAAACAAGGCCAAAGAUGACACUCAGCAUGUUCAUGGAAAUCUUUCUCUAUUCUCUACUUGGAGUGGGAUUAACAAUAAACAUGUACUUUGCAAGUCUACAAUACACUUCACCAGCAUUUCUGUCAGCAACAGUAAACACGAUUCCUACUUUGACUUUUAUACUAGCAGUAAUAUUCAGGCUGGAGACUCUAAACUUGAGAAAACGUCGAGGACUAGCAAAAGCAACUGGAACUUUAAUAUCAUUAGCUGGGGUCAUGGUCAUAGCAUUAUACAGAGGACCAGCAAUCAGACGCCUGUAUGAACCUCCAAUACACCUGAUGAAAAGCGAGUUCCACAAAAAUUGGAUAAAAGGUCCAAUACUUUCACUAGCAAGUUGCAUAUCCUGGUCAAUAUGGUUCACAAUGCAGGGAUUCACUUUGAAGAGAUAUCCAGCACCACUGUCAUUAGCCACAUGGGCAAACUUUAUAGGAGCAUUACAAUCUGCUGCUUUCACUUCCUUGGCAGUUCGACAUCAACCAGCUGCAUGGGUCAGGCAUUCCUUCAUAGACAUAGCCACUAUUCUGUUUGGGGGAGUGGUUUCCUCUGCUUUAAACUUCAUCAUGAUCGUAUGGUAUUCGAAAGAAAAAGGUCCUGUGUUUGUAACUAUGUUUUGUCCCUUACAAACACUAUUAGUGGUGAUUUUCGCAUAUUUCAUUGUUGGUGAAAAACUAUACACGGGCAGCAUCAUAGGAGGAGUUACAAUCAUCAUAGGUCUGUAUCUGUUGCUAUGGGGAAAAGAAAAAGACCAAGAAAUCAGAGUCUCAACUAAGAAGCAACCAUCCCUGUCUGCCACCAAGCAGACUGAACCAAAGAUGCAAAUAGUGACAGUGCCAGAAAAAGAGCAACUGGAUCACUAGAUGAAACCUGCAAGGAAGAAAAAAUAUUGAUACUCUCGUCAACUAACUGAAAAAGACAGUAGCAUAUGGACCAAGCUUUGCACCAAAAUGUUCAUUCCAGAAGCUAUCAAACAGCAACAGGAGUGCAGACAAAAAGAUAAAAAAAAAAAAGGCAAUUCUCCGGCUCAUGCAAACAACAUUACAGCAAUAUACGCUAGAAAAACAGAUAUCACGGCAAGUAUAGAGAGUUAGAAAUAAACAUGAUAGCAGAUUUUGUAUUGAGAUAUCAUGACAAGAGCAAGAAUUAAUACAUAAGAUACCAAGAUGUCUGACCAUCCCACAUUUAGCAAAGUACAUCAGAAUGUUUACAUAUUGCAGGUGAUUAAGAGACAAAAUUGACUAAUCUUUCUUCCACAUUUUAGUUUUUGAGAGAUGAGUUUGACAAAAUAAAGGAGCAUGAAAUUCAGGAAUAUAUGUUGAAGGAACCUAUGACAACAUUAUGAUAA